AUGGAAACCGGUUUAACCAUCUUGAAGCUGUCCUUCUGCAUCAGCCUAGUCGUGGUAGUAGCAUGUGCUCAGCCUCAGGCUCCCGCACCGUGGAACCCAUCUAUGGGGAUGCGUCCGGGAACGUGUGACCGCUACGAGUGCCCUGCCUACACACUGGUUGAUACAGGAUACGGCUUUGAGAUCCGCAUGUACGACUCUGCGGUCUGGAUGUCCACUGCUCCCAUCCCCGCUCCAUCCAUGACUCAAGCCACCAAAACCGGUUUCCAAAGAUUACUUAGUUACAUAAAAGGAAAUAACAAGAGCAAGACGAAGAUGAAUAUGACAGCUCCGGUGAUGACACAAGCAACACCGGGAAAAUCAAUCUACACGGUCUCCUUCUACGUCGCCAAGAAAAACCAAGAGAACCCACCUCGGGCCAAUGGCCUCCACGUGAAGCAAUGGAAACCAACCUACGUUGCCGUGAGGCAGGUCGGUGGGUACGUGACGGACGACGUAGCCAAGACAGAAGCUGCAGCUCUGAUGACUAGCCUCACGGUCGUUAGCAACAAUGGCACUGUAUGGAUUGGGGCCAUUGAGAAGAGCAAAGGAAAGUCGCCGGAGUUUUUGAUCGCCGAUUACAAUUCGCCGUCGACCCAGACCACAGCUAGGGUUAAUGAGAUCUUGGUUCCGUUUAACAUGUAA